GCGUGAUCUGCAGUCCACCGAGAUUCCCUAUGCACGCAGGAAACUGGGUUACACACGAUUAUCGGAUUCAUCUGCCUGCGGGCUGGCUUUUCACAUGCUGUUACUUACGGUAACAGCCAGCCAUGGCCAAAGACCCCAGACGUCAUUGUGGAGCACCUUUUGUUUACAUACUUCAAACCAGUUCCUCAUGGAAGUUUAUCCCAUAGGAGGAAAGCCUCGCAUAGGCGAGUCCAAUGAAUUUAGUUACGUAGGGGUGCUUCUUAUCAGAGGUCAUCCUACAUGAAGUCUAUCAUUCCCGAGGUCUAACAGUGAGCAUUGUCCAGGCAGUCAGCUCACCGAUGCUAUGGCGGCGUGACAGACGCCCAAGCAAAGCUGCAGUGAAACCCGUGAGAUUGUAACCUUCCUAUAGAGCUCAGAAAUCACUUUUUCUGCCUUCAGUUCAUGCUUUCUCGGUGCACAGCACCACUGGAGGGCCGGUUAAUCCGGUGUGAGCCUCCUGGAUUAGAGUUCGGCCGGGAUACGUUGAAUGCCCUGUAGCUGCUGUGGCAGCGAAGAGUCGAAACGGGCAGUGUUUUGUCACGAGCCGGCAAAUGCCACUUCAUGCGCGAGCUCGAACAGACUUUUGAACAUUCUCGGUGGCAUACAAAUUGAUCAAACCCUCUCAUCCCUCCCAACCUGCUAGCUCCUUUGCGCAAUACGAGGCCCAGCGCUCAUACCCCGAAGACAGGUCAUCACGAUGGCCAAAGACCAGACGCUCCAAUACACCACAGAGGUCAAGGGGAAUGUGACAGCCGAGCAAGCCGUGGCCGUCUUGCAAGAGCACCAAUUCUUCCUGGACACAGAUCCAAAUCUCAUCUCGUCCAAGACCGACACGCAGCCCAAGGAUGGCAAGCUACACCCUCUCCCCGAGCCAGUCCAGGCUAUCAGGAAAGGAGACACUCGGUGUUACGAAGUUGUGGACAAGGUCCCAGGGGUGGCGUUGUUUGCGAAGCUGCUGCCCGGUCUAGGGACAAUCACGAACCACUACCAAAUUACGGACACCAAGGACGGCAUCUUCGUUUACCUGCAGGCCGCCUUGGGUGUCAGCCAGGAACGGCGCUGGGAGGUGGUGGAGGACAAGGACGGGCUGCGCAUCGUGGAGUACGUGGCCAUCUUCUGCUCGAGGCUCUUGUACGAGUCUGUCAAAGGCCAGCAGGAAGCGCACUGGAAAGGCGUGCAUGCUGAGUAUGCGAAGAAGAUGGGAGGGGAAGUAGGGAGCCAAUAUUCCAGUUGAUUAUCACUGGCUCUGAAGGCGUUCGUCGAUAUUAUCCCCGCGCGAAAUAAUCAACAAUAAUGAAGACAGGCCGACUGGUCUCAACCAGUGAACAGCGCCGAUGAUGGAGCAUGCUGCCUGCGCCUCAAUUUACAAGUUCGGGAACCUAUGCACCUUGAACCGCAGCAUCACGACCCCCCCCCCCCUACCCCCCAAAGUCUAGAGUUGGAGGGGGGGCAAGCAACGCCUCAUGCGGUCUGCGAGACUGUCACCCCAAAAGUGAUCAAGCCGCACGUCAGAGGCACAACAAUCCUCCAAGGAUGCCUAGCAGCCCAGAUAUCCAAG